AUGUCACCCCCCAGCCUAACCAAGUCUAAACAGAUUUCACAAGGACCUCUGAACCCUGCUGAGGCCAGAUGGACUCGAUUGGUCAAAACAACCUAUACUGACCCGCUGGGCGUUGAGCGAACCUGGGAAUCUGCGGAGCGACAGACAUGUCACUCAACCGGUUUCCCAAAAUGGACCAUGGAUCAUGCCACUAGCUUAUACUGGAAGAUAAUCGUGACUGACUUGGCUAUUUACCAGACUCGUCCUGCUACAGCGAAGAUUGACGGUGUGGGGAUCGUUACCAUCUUGAACAAGCCGAGUGGGCCGGAAUUGCUCCUUCAAAAGCAAUAUCGGCCCCCGAUUGACAAGGUUGUCAUCGAGGUUCCGGCUGGUCUUAUUGAUGUCGGUGAGACUCCUGAGGAGUGCGCGGUGCGCGAACUCAAAGAGGAAACUGGAUAUGUCGGUGUGGCGGAGCUGACCAGCCCGAUUAUGUACAAUGACCCGGGUUUCUGUAAUACCAACCUCAACAUGGUUCAUGUGAGUGUGGAUAUGAGCCUUCCUGAAAACCAGAACCUGAAACCGGAGCUCGAGGAAAAUGAAUUCAUCGAGUGCUUCUCUAUUCCAUUGGCUUCCUUAUAUGAAGAAACCAAGAAAUUGGAACAACAGGGCUAUGCGAUCGAUGCUCGAAUCGGCACUCUGGCUGAGGGGAUGGAGUUGAUGAAGAAAUGGAAGCUCUAG